UCAAGUUUCAACUCGGUGAAAAAUUCCUGGUUUUGGUUUUUUUUAUUGUUUGUGCUAAGCUUUGAUCAAAAGAAGAAAGAAGGAAGCCGAUGAUGAUGGACAAGAAUUGCAAGUUUGUAAGACUGAAACAAGAUUUCGGAUUUUUUUUCUUGCUGUUUUUCUUAUGUCAAACUUUUGUAUGUUGGUCAUUGAAUGAAGAAGGAUUGGCGUUGUUGAAGUUAAAGGAGAGAAUUGUGAAUGAUCCAUUUUGUUCAUUGUCGAAUUGGAAAGAAGAAGAUGGAGACGUUGACCAGUGUUCCUGGUUUGGUGUCGAAUGUUCUGAUGGCAAAGUUGUUGUUUUGAACUUGAAAGAUCUUUGUCUUGAAGGAACAUUGGCACCUGAGCUUGGAUCUCUACUUCAUAUUAAGUCUAUUAUUUUGAGGAACAACUCUUUUGCCGGUGUUAUCCCCGAAGAGAUCAGAAAACUGGAGGAACUAGAGGUGUUGGACUUGGGAUUCAAUAACUUCAGCGGACCGGUUCCACCCGAACUCGGAAGCAAUUGGUCAUUAACAAUCCUUUUACUGGACAAUAAUGAGCUUCUCAGUAGUUUUUCUCCUGAGAUAUAUCAACUCCUGCAGCAUUCUGAAACUCAAGUGGAUGAGAAACAACUAUCUAAGAAUGGUAAAAUGUCUUGCAAGCAAAGGUUCAAUACAUGGAAUGAUGGCAAAACUGAAGAUGCAAUGCGAAGGAGACUUCUUCAAGCAACGCCAUUGCCACCCUUUAUAAACUUCGAAAUGCCUUUACCUCCUCGUGGUCCACCUCGGUUUCCGACUCCUCCAGCAUCUGUUGAACCUUCCGGUAAUAAUACAUUCAGAAGAGAUGUUCAGGCUAACCGAUCUUCCUCUCCAGUUCCUCUUCCGUCAACCCCGAAUGCUUCUGCUCCAGCCCCUUCUCUGUCAAUCCCGAAUGCUUCUGCUCCGUCUCCUUCUCUGUCAACCCCGAAUGCUCCUCGGCGCCAUCAAAGCACUAUACUCGUCAUAGCCAUAGGGAGCGGCAGCGUGUUCCUUCUAAUAUUGAUAGCCAUUGCCUAUCUCUUUAAAACUUAUAAGGUAUCUACUGUGAAACCUUGGGCCACUGGCCUAAGCGGACAGCUGCAGAAAGCAUUUGUAACUGGUGUACCGAAGCUGAAGAGAUCGGAACUGGAAGCAGCCUGUGAAGAUUUCAGCAAUGUGAUUAGUUCAUCAGCUGUUGCCACUGUGUACAAAGGGACACUGUCUAGUGGGAUUGAAAUUUCUGUGACCUCCAUCCCCGAGAAAUCUGCCAAAGAGUGGUCAUGUAAUUUAGAAACACAGUUCAGAAAGAAGAUCGAAAUGUUGUCGAAAGUGAACCACAAAAAUUUCGCCAACCUUGUCGGAUAUUGCGAGGAAGAUAAACCUUUUACUAGGAUGAUGGUUUUUGAAUAUGCUCCAAAUGGAACACUCUUUGAGCAUUUACACAUUAAAGAAUCCGAGCACUUGGACUGGGCAACGAGGUCGAGAAUUAUGGUGGGCAUGGCUUCCUGCCUGGAACAUAUGCACCAGCUGAACCCUCCCGUACCGCAUACCAACUUGUCGUCAGCUGUCGUCAAUCUAACUGAAGACUGUGCGGCCAAAAUCUUCGAUCCAUUCUCCUGGAAUGCAGCCGAGAGUGAAGUUGAUAGAAAAAACCAUUCAGAUACGCCAUUACCAAGCCUAGAAAGUAAUGUGUAUACCUUUGGGGUAGUAUUAUUCGAAAUCGUAACAGGAAGGAUGCCGUACUUUGUGGACGACAAUGGUUCACUCGACGACUGGGCAUCGGACUAUUUGAGAAGAGAUCAAUCACUGAUGGAGAUGGUUGAUCCGACUCUAAACUCUUUCAAACCGUAUCAAGUGGAGAAAAUCGGAGAGGUGAUCAAAACUUGUGUCCACCCUGAACCUCGACAAAGACCGGAUAUGAGGAAAGUCGGUGCACGACUGAGAGAGAUCACCGCGAUUACGCCAGAAGGUGCGAUCCCGAAAGUUUCUCCUCUUUGGUGGGCAGAGCUCGAGAUUAUGUCCACCGAAGCAAGAUAGCGGAUGAAGGUAGUGGAAAGGCAAAAGGAAGGUUGCCUGCAGAUCAGCACUGGUUGUAUUAACUUAGGUUAAUGGAACAUUUGUUGUAAACAUACGCAUAUACAUAUAUAGAUUCAACACAGAGAGGAAAAUAUGGGAAAUCUUCACUAU